CCCACCCAUCUCUGACUUCACAAGGACCAAGUGUCAUGAAAUAGAGAGUUCGUGCAAGCCCCUGCCGCACUGCCAUUGGCCCUUUUCUCGCUCUGACGUCAUAAGGAGCCCUGUGAUGACAGGAUUCCACACGCCUAUAUAAGCGGCUGCGCGGCCCAGGUUUUUGUCCGCUUUACCAGGGAGCUAUUUCGGUGACCUGUGUGACUUGGACCCAUCUUUGCGUGCGCUUGUGCUGGUUGGUGUUGGUGUGCUGUUUUGUUUGUUUGUUUGUUUCUUGUUCUAUUUGGUUUUUUCUUUCCCCCAUUUGGAUUUAGUUUGUUUUUUUCCUCCUAUUUCUUUUUUGGCCCAUUGUGUCUUUUUUUGCAGUUUUUUUUUGUUUUUGGCUUCCCGCAUCUCUAGCUAGGCAGCGUGGCUAGAUCUCGGAGUGUUAGUGUAGCUAUUUAGUGUUUGUUGUUUUGGAGUUUUUCUGGUUUUUGUUUUCUGUUUUGGUUAGAUAGGACUUAGUUUUGCCACUGUGUUUGAUAAGUGUAGUUAGUAUAGGUAGUGUGGUACGGUAGUCAGAUCAGCAGGUAGUCCCCUUGUUCUCCCUUUAUUUUGUUAGUUAUUGUAGUUAGGGUAGCUCCUUAGUUAGUGUGUAUGGACAGGAAUAUUAGCCAGAGUAGUGCAGAGAGUGUAGUUAGGGACACCCACCUGGAAGGCCGUGAGGGUCCGGAUGCCAUCGCCAGGCACCAGCUUGGUCUCCAGUUGCUGUCGGUCCUGGGCCAGGGCAGCUUCGGCCUGGUGGUGCUGGCCCAGCAGGCGUCCAGCCAGCGGCAGGUGGCUGUGAAGAUAUUCCUUGAAGACUCCAGCGACCCCUUUGGCACCAGGCGAGUGACGCAAGAGGCCAGCAUCAUGCAGCUCCUGAGGCACCCGAAUAUCGUGCAGCUGCUGGAGGUGGGCUGGGUCGGCCAUUACCACUGCCUGGUGAUGGAGCUGGUGGACGGGGGCGACCUCUACCAGCACGUGAUGAGCCGGGGUGGCCUGCCAGAGCCCGAGGCCAUGGUCUUGUUUGCCCAAGUCCUGGAAGCUGUGGGCCACUGCCACGCACAGCGGGUGGCGCACAGGGACCUCAAGCUGGGGAACCUGCUGCUGGACUCUCAGCUCAACGUGAAGCUGGCGGACUUUGGGCUCAGCUGCCAUCUGCCCGAGGGCGAGCUGGUGCAGGGCUUCCGCGGGACCCCGGAGUACAGCGCCCCCGAGGUGUUCUGGCAGGAGCCGUACAAUCCAUUCGCAGCAGACAUUUGGAGCCUGGGGGUCAUCCUCUUUGCCAUGCUGGCGGGGGCCAUGCCCUUCAGCAGGAAGGACCGGGAGGAGCUGCGGGACUGCAUCCAGAGGGAGAGCUACGAGCUCCCAUGUGCGGCCAGCCCGGCCCUGGAGGAGCUUCUGAGCUCACUCCUCAGCAUGGACCCGUGCGACAGACCCACAGCGGAAAUCGCCAGCCUGCAACAGUGGUUUGACCCUCUUCUAGAAGGAGCCGAGGGCGAGGAGGUGACCGUGGUGCAGCCCCUGGGGGUUCCCGAGGACCCAGAGGCCCAGGAGUACCUGGCGGGCCUGGGUCUGCUUCCGGACGCUGGAGCCUCGGAGCCAUCUGGCCCUGGGGGAUCCAGCCGGAUGUCCCUGCAGCCAGAUUCCCGGAGCCUGGAGCAGGGAUACAGGGAGCCCACGCCAGAGCCUGAGUGCAUGUCCCAGGCGGAGUCGGAUUCAGAGGCAGAGCUGGAGUCAGAGUCAGAGCCAGAGCCUGCGUUGCAGCUGGAGUCGGAGUCGGAGUCGCCACCCCAGCCUGAGCCGGAUCCUGCAGUGUCCGCCCCCAUGCUUGCCUCUCCACUCCCUGGACUGCUGCAGGAGAGGAUCCCUGGUGCCAGCCCAGCCCCCGAGCCCGUCCCUGUGCCUGCCCCCUCCACCCCCAGCCUCGGGAGCAGUCAGCACCUGGUGGUGCCAGAGGUCCCAGCAGCUGAGCCUGAGGAGGCUGGGAGCUCAGCAUCGGCCUCUGUCCCGAGCAAGGGCCGGCAGGGGCUGGGCAGGAGGAUUGGCAGGAGCAUCCUCAGAUUCCUCCUGCGUGCCUGCUGCCUGCCGGCCCCAGCCAGAGGCCCUGGCCCCCGCAGCCGAAAGGUGGCCCCCAGCUAGCCUGCCUCAGUGUGCAAGCUGAGCUGCCGGAGGGCUCGCAUUUCUUGAGAGCUUUCUGUGCUUCUCAUGAAUAAAAAUCUAAACUU